GCUUUUCUUUAUUUUCGACACACACGGAAAAUUAUUCAACGCAGUCAGCUUUCGUUCCAUUUUCCCAUUUUUACGACACACCUCUUUCUGCCAGUGUUGUACAAUCUGAUUUCUGGCAACCCCCAUCUCAUAUCGGACAGAGCCCUAUGGCACUAGACUUCGCUAACUUUUCCGCGAAGAGAGAGAUAGUCUCUAUACGCGUCUCAUGGCUAUCAAUAAACAAUCUUAGCCAAAAGGCAUAGUAAGCGAGAGCCUUGUAGCUUCAUUAGAGAUUGCAACUGAUCCAAUAUAAUACAAAUACAUAAUACUUGUAUAUUUGUUGUUUUUAUUCAACUGCUGCUUACAACAGAAACGAGAUCCUGAGAUAAAAGCAAUAUAAGUAAUCGCAAUUGAUUCUGCAUUAAGGGUUGCGCUGGGCUCGGCUGCGUCUGCGCAAUCCGUUUGAUAAUCGCAUCGCUCAUUCGUAAUGUUAGCAAGCCACAAAUCAGCUGUUUUUGUGCAUCGAUUUCCGAUGUACGAUCAAAGUCGAUAGCAGCUAUGAUUCUCUCUCUCUCUCUCUAUUGCAAUUGUCUUAUUAUAUUGGAAUCGCCAUUUACGAGUACAUUGCUAAAGAAAUCGAACAACAACAAAAGAGCAUGGAACCCGGGGAAAAGAAUAAGCAGAAGCCGACACAGGAAAAAGAGAAGAACAAGUCUGAAGACGCAGCCUCGGAUGCCGUAGGCUCCGGCGUGCGUAAAUCGGACGGGGAUCUCGUCGAUUUUUACGAGGGCGUUGCACUCGGACCGCCCCAGCAACGGAUGCUCUGCAAAGCCGUACCAGAGAAUGUGCUCGCGGACUAUGAGCAGAUGUUCGAGACGAUCGGGAAUGUCAUCAAGGAAAUAGUUGACUUCGGUAAGUACGAAGUAUACGUGAUGCUGUAUCCCACUCUGGCCAUUGGCUACCUGCAAAUGGUGUGGAGCGGCAAGUAUGAGAGGGCCAUAUCCUUCGUGGGUAGGAACGAAUACAAGUUGGACGAUUCCUACAAGAGGCGCGUCGAAAAUCUUAAGCGCUUUCGCACGCCAGAAGACCUGCCGGAAAGAGCCCAGGAGCUGCUAUCUUGUGCGGACACAGUGGUGAUAUUCAUGGCCAGGAGCACCUCGAACCAGUUCAAAGUACUCCAAUCUCAGUUUUGGACGAAGGGGCAGCUCAAGACGUUCUUGUCCCACUUUAAAAUCUUCAUCUACUCUGAUGAGAUGAUGCCCCAGGCGCGUAUCCACCUCGAUCGUCCUUUGCCGGCGCCAUUUGCCUGGGCUUCCGUGGCCGAGCCCAUGAACAUUGACGAUGAUGUGACUUGCGCGACGCUUUCAGAAGACCAUUGCAGCGUGGCAUUUGGCACUGCCUCCGGCAUGGUCCACAUCGUGGCCGUGAACAAGGACUGGCUACACAUGAACAUGGUGCGAAGGGAGAAGCUCUUUACCGCCCACCAGGAGCCGGUCCUGGCCUGCGCUGGAGACCGCCAGCUUCUCACCUCCUCGGCGCCGCGGCAUGCGGCUGUGGUGCACACGCACCGGGUUUUGUCAGAAGGUGUUUGCGCACCACGGGGCCAUGAGUGUGGCGUUCGACCCGAAGGGCUGCUACUUUGCCAGCGCCUCCAACGAUAAUGUGGCGCGCGUGUGGAG